UCAGAAAUGCACAUUGCACUUUAAACCGCGAACAAAGCAACAACAUGUUCAAGCAAAUUUCCGUUUUAGUCGUUCUCGUUGCUGUUUCUGAAGCAGCUCGAAUGUCGUUGGAGGCAAAAAUGCAAUAUUGCGCCAAUAAUCCGGGAAUGUCGUUCCACGAUGGAUGCAAUCAUUGCACGUGCGCGGUUGGAAAUUCAGGAGAAUCUGUUUGUAAUAUGUUGCCAUGUCCUGAUGAUAUGAGUAAUUUUCAGGGAAAUUCAAACAUGCCAUCACAAGAAAUCCCCGCAAUGCCAAAUUGCGUGGGUUUUGCGAAUGUUCAAUGGACUGACGGAUGCAAUAUGUGCAAAUGCUCCGCUGAUCCAAUGAGUACUGAAGCAGCUUGUACACGCAGAGGAUGUGAUCCAAUGAUGAGAUCUCCAUGGAGACCCCUUUAAACGUUAACUUUGUAAUUUUUUUAAAUAAAUCAAUUUUUCUUUGAACAAAA